AUGCCUCAUCGAGAUGUGUCUCCAGCGGCCUCGGAGAACGAGUUCGAUAUCUCAAAUCUCCUCUUUAAGGGGCAGGAUGAUCUUUCCGAUCUCGAGAGACCUUCCAAGAAAAGAAAGCCACAAGAAACCUUGAUCCUCGAUGUUAUGGGCGAUGGCGAUGACGGCGCUGAUGGCGACGAAGAAUUCAUUGCUGCUCAGCAAACAGCAGCAAACCGUAAAGCGUCAAAUCUUAGAGGCCGAACUGUGAAAAAGGGUGGAGGUUUUCAGUCCCUGGGGCUUAAUGCAGCUCUUCUCAAGGCCAUUACGCGGAAAGGAUUUUCUGUCCCAACGCCCAUUCAGCGGAAAACUAUUCCACUUGUGUUGGAUGAUCAAGAUGUUGUAGGAAUGGCAAGGACUGGAUCGGGGAAAACUGCAGCAUUUGUGAUUCCUAUGAUUGAAAAGCUGAAAAGCCACAGCGCAAAAUUCGGGUCUAGGGCAUUGAUUUUGUCACCCUCUAGAGAAUUGGCCCUACAGACUCUCAAGGUCGUAAAAGAGUUGGGUCGUGGGACUGACCUGAAAUCCGUUUUGUUGGUUGGCGGUGAUAGCCUGGAGGAACAGUUUGAAUACAUGGCGAGUAACCCAGAUAUAAUUAUUGCGACACCUGGACGAUUCCUUCAUUUGAAAGUAGAGAUGUCCUUGGACCUGUCGAGUAUCCGCUAUGUUGUCUUCGAUGAGGCAGAUAGGCUUUUUGAGAUGGGCUUUGCAACACAAUUAACCGAAAUUCUCCAUGGUCUGCCUUCAUCACGGCAAACACUUCUAUUCUCUGCGACUUUACCUAAGUCUCUGGUGGAAUUCGCUCGAGCAGGUCUCCAGGAGCCAAUUUUGAUCCGCCUCGAUGCCGAAAGCAAGAUCUCACCGGACCUUCAAAACGCGUUUUUCACUGUGAAGUCAUCCGAGAAAGAGGGCGCUCUAUUACAUGUUUUACAUGAAGUGAUCAAAAUCCCUACCGGAGAGACAGAAGCACUUAAACGCGCUAAGGAAGAAGUGAAGCAUUCAAAAAAACGGAAGCGGUCCGAAGUUACUUCAAAUUCCCAUAAAGAAUCUCCUACUGAACACUCUACGAUUAUUUUCACGGCUACAAAGCAUCAUGUUGAUUACCUAACAUCAAUACUACGUACAUCUGGCUUUGCUGUUUCCUACGCAUACGGUUCCUUAGACCAAACCGCUCGCAAAAUCGAGGUUCAAAAUUUCCGUGACGGAAUAACACAUAUUCUCGUUGUAACCGAUGUUGCAGCCCGAGGAAUCGAUAUCCCUAUACUUUCCAAUGUGAUCAACUAUGAUUUCCCUUCACAGCCUAAGAUAUUUGUUCACCGUGUUGGACGGACUGCUAGAGCUGGCAAGACUGGUUGGAGUUACAGCCUCAUCCGAGAAUCGGAUACUCCCUAUUUGCUCGACCUUCAACUUUUCCUUGGUCGACCUUUAAUUUUAGGACGAGGUUCAGGUCAACAACUCAACUACGCCGAGAAUGUGGUUGUGGGUAGUUUACCGAGAGACAAGGUUGCCCGCUACACUGAAUGGAUGACUAAACUCCUGGAUGAAGAUGUCGAUAUUGAGUUGCAGCGCGAAGUUGCAAUAAAGGGUGAAAAACUGUACAUGAGGACAAGAAAUUCGGCCUCCGGUGAAAGCGCUAAGCGAGCAAAAGCAGUAGUUGAAUCGGCUGAGUGGAUGAUGGUGCAUCCACUUUUUAAUGAUGAAUCAAGCCGAUUGGAGGAGCAAAGAGAGAAGAUGCUUGCUCGCGUUGGAGGUUACAAACCGCAGGAAACUAUUUUCGAGAUCAGUGGCAGGCGUGGGGCUAACCAUCAUCCGCCGGACGAUAGCGAUGACGCGAAUGAGUUGCGUGACUUCGAUGGCGAGAAUGAUAAUGCAAUUGCUGCUGACAAUAUGUCGCUCGCAUCUGAUUCAGAACUUGAAGUCACAUUCUCCUAUCCGCAGUCUGGCAAAUCUAAUUCGAAAAAGGACACAAAUCAUCCAAAUCUCAGAGAGUCCUUCCACAACCCAGAGUAUUUCAUGUCGUACACACCUGCAUCCAACUCUCUGGCUGAAGAUCGUGCAUACGGAGUUCAUUCAGGUUCAAACACCAAUUUCGUUGAAUCUUCACGCAUCGCGACUAUGGAUCUUGCGGGCGACGAAAGUACUUCACGGGGCUUUGGGGAACCACGCUCCAUCAUGCGCUGGGACAAGCGCCAAAAGAAAUAUGUAUCCCGUCGAAACGACGAGGACGGUUCGAAAGGAGGUAAAAGCGACCUUCUCGUCCGUGGCGAGAGUGGAGUUAAGAUUGCGGCAAGUUUCCGAAGUGGACGUUUUGAUGCGUGGAAGAAAGGAAAGAGGAUCGGCCGCAUGCCAAGGGUCGGAGAGGCGGAAGCGCCUGGCCUUGGUUCCGGUAUGCCCGGGGGCAAAAAGUACAGGCAUCGCAAAGAGCAGGCACCCAAAACUCCCGAUAAAUUUAGAGGUGAUUACGAGAAAAAGAAAAAGAAGUUGGAAGCUGCAAAGCAACGUGAGACAGAGAAGGCUUUUGAUCCUUCUUCCGGUGCUAAGAAGGCAGCCGUUACGAGUCGUGGCAAAAGCGAGCUUAAAACUGUUGAGGAUAUAAGGAAGGCUAGAAAGGUGAAGGAGUUGAGGAAACAGAAAAAUGCGCGACCUUCAAAGAAGGGCAAGGGGAGAUAG